UGUCACUCGCCAUGUUAUCACCUGGUUUCUGUCAAAAUUAACAAGACAUGUAUUUUUAAUUAAUAACAUUAGAGAAAAAACACUCAAAGAUCAUGAUUGCAUCAUCUAAACACUUCGCUCUUUAUUCUUCAAUCCCAUAUGACGUCAUAAAACGUGUCUGCCGAACACGAGUUGAAACAGACAUCUCGAACUGACGAAAAAUAUUUCGAAUUUUAUAAUCAGUCAGUGUGUGGUCGGCUGCGGGGGAGAGCGCGCGUAUUUUUUAAACAUGAAGUCUUUAGCGAUCUUUGAUUUCGAUCGUACUAUCGUUGAUGAUGAUUCGGACGCGACUAUAAUAAAUAGAUUGAAAGAAAAACAGCCUCCGCCCGAGUGGGAGGCUGGCAAUCAUGAUUGGACACCGUACAUGAGCAAUGUAUUCGAGCAUGCAUAUUCAGCUGGGAUGAACUCUGAAGAAAUACUGUCAAGUAUUGAGAGUAUGAAACCUAUCAAUGGUGCUGAAAAGCUGAUCACAACACUAGCGGCCGAGGGAUGGGACAUCAUCAUCAUAUCUGACGCCAACACAGUCUUUAUUAACCACUGGCUUAAGACCCACGGUUUGAUGGAUUGCAUCACAGCCAUCUUCACGAACGGCGCCUUCUGGCAAUCAGGCCGCCUUUUCAUCAAGCCGUGCAUGAACCAGACCACUUGCCCCCGCUGCCCGUCCAACCUCUGCAAGAAGAAGGCUCUUACUAAGUGGUUGAGCUGCCACACUUACGCCAGCUUUGCGUAUUGUGGUGACGGUAGGAACGACUUUUGUCCGUCAACUGCGAUACCUGCUAAUGGUAUAGUCUUACCCCGCUACGGGUACCCCUUAAACAGCCUUAUAGAGAAGGACAAGUCAUCAGCUGAGCCCCUCAUCAAAGCAAAAGUGUGUCCCUGGGUCACCCACCACGACAUUCUGUCCGCCUUAUUCCCAGAGAAAUGUCCGCCUCAAAUAAACUAAGAUCAUAUAGCAGACAAUUCAACUCAUCUUUGAGUGAAGCCAUGUGUGGGUCAUCAUCAUCAUCAACAAUUCUUCCCACUGCUGGGCAUAGUCGUGGCUGAGCUGUGGAUCGAUUACAGGCUAAGCUACACUUGAUACGGUCGGUCCAUGGAUGGUUGACCAUCUGUGUCAUAACUAGUUCCUGUGUGUUUCGGAGGGCACGUUGAAUUGUGGGUCCCGGCUGUUAUUUAUACAUCUUUGACAGUCGCUACGUGUAGUUAGAAGCUAGAGUCC